AAAGUUCCUUUCUUCCUUCCUAUUUCUCUCUCUCCUCUCUAUUUGUCUCUCUCUGUUUUUCCUUGCUAGUCUUGCUCGCCUUGUGUUUGACAUAAUUACUCAGGUGCUUGUGCUUUGGCCAUGGGAAGAGCUCCUUGUUGUGACAAAACCAAAGUGAAGAGAGGACCAUGGUCUCCUGAAGAAGAUGCCACUCUCAAGAACUACUUGGAAAAACAUGGAACUGGUGGUAAUUGGAUUUCUCUCCCUCACAGAGCAGGUCUUAACCGCUGUGGAAAAAGUUGUCGUUUGAGAUGGCUGAAUUAUCUCAGGCCAGACAUCAAGCAUGGAGGUUUUACUGAAGAGGAAGAUAGUGUGAUUUGGACGCUUUACAACAGCAUUGGAAGUAGGUGGUCUAUCAUAGCUUCCCAACUGCCUGGAAGAACAGACAAUGAUGUGAAGAACUAUUGGAACACCAAGUUGAAGAAGAAACUAUCAAUGGCAGGAAGGACUAGUUUCAAUCAUACCACGGCCAAUAACAAUAACAAUGAGACUACUAACAACAACAUGACUUCUGAUGAUCACCUCAACUCGGGUCGGUUAUCGUGCUCGGUUUCGAAAAUCGGAAGCUCCGAUCAUCACGGGAUCAACUCAGCUUGUUUUGAUGCAAACUCAAGUACAUUAUUGCCUUAUUUUGAUCUCCAAGAGCCAAAGUUGGACCCAAUUGAUCAGUUUUGUUACUCAAAUCCUGUGGAAGUUUCGGAUUUUAGUGCAAAUGGAAACACAAGUUCUAGCAAUGUUUCAAGUCUUUCAACUUCAUCUCCUUUGGGGUUUGAUAACAAUUUAGCUUCAUGGGCUGGCAACAUUGAUGGAGGUUUGAAUCAUGAAGAUGGGAUUCUCAUGGAGUUGGGGUUUGAUUCUUAUAAUGAUUCUCUUCUCAGUGGCUUUGGCUUUUAGGUAAAUACCAAAUGCAGUACUACUUUGUAUUACUUCCUUAUUAGGGUAAUUACUGUCUUCUCUCCUGCUUAACCGGCUUAACAGUUUGUGGAAACCAAGGCUUGGUUCUGCGUCAAAGUGUGGACAGAUCACUAACACUGAUUCCGACCAAGGGAAAAAAAUAAUUGUCAUGGAAAUGCUGAAUAGAUCCUAGAUUUGUUAUGUCAUGGAAAUGUCGAAUAGAUCCUAGAUUUGUUAUUAUUAAUUAGUGGAUAUAUAAUAGUUCCAUUAUGUUAGUUUAAUUUAGUUA